UUGACGAUUUAAAUCCUUAAAAUCUUUAAAAUCUUACGAAUUUACGAUUCAUAUCUUUGAGUCAAUUUUACUUAUUUUCCUAAGAAUUUGCAAAAUUAUACCUAUUUUUCUUCUCCUCCGCCAACAUCAUCUAGUUCUCUCACAUUAACCACCAUCGACUAUAAUCAAUUCACAUCAAUGUAUUAAUCAUCAUAAAUUCGCCAACCCUUAACAUUAACCUUGAUAAAUUGAAACAUUAACCUUGAAAAAUUAUCAUUGAUGUGAAUUGAGGGCGUAUAUCUAAAGUGUGUAGGACUAGACGAGGCGCAACUGAUCGUGCGAGAUAUACAUGAGGGCAUUUGCACAAUGCAUUGUGGCGCGCGUAGCAUAGAACGCAACAUCCUUCUUCAAGGAUAUUAUUGGCCGCGAAUAAAGAAAGACACAAAGAAAUUCGUCAAGCAAUGUCACAAAUGUCAGCUGAACGCGCGUCAACAUCACACACCAUCCACCGAGCUCCACGGAAAUGUCAACCCCUGGCCCUUUGCACAAUGGGGCGAUCUACCGGGACCAUUCCCCACCGCGAAAGGCAAACGCAAAUACAUCAUUGUCGCGGUAGACUACUUCACCAAAUGGAUAGAGGCGGAAGCGCUGGCAUCAAUUACCACCCAACAAGUGGUUUGCUUCUUGAGGAACAACGUGCUCACCAGAUUUGGAGUUCCAAAUUUGUUCAUAUUCGACCACAGCAAGCAAUUCGACUGCGCGGAAGUCAUAGACUUCUGCGAUGAAGUGGAUGCCAUAGCCCGAUUCGCAUCGGUGGCGUAUCCCCAGGAUAAUGGACAAGCGGAAGCGGCAAAUAAGUCAAUCCUACACAGCUUACAUACUCGCCUCGUGGAAGCAAAAGGCAACUGGGCGGAGGAGCUACACACAGUCCUGUGGGCGCAUCGCACAACGUUCAAGGCGGCAACGGGCGAAACCACAUUCACGCUAACCUAUGGAAGUGAUGCGGUCAUCCCAAUCGAAACAGCGAUACCCACGUACCGCAUCACCAUGUUCAAUGAAGAAAACAACAAUGAAGUGCGCUUGACAGACCACGAUCUAACUACCGAACGUCGAGAGACAGCCGCUAUCAAACUGGCCGCGGCAAAGACCCAAGUCGCGAGGUACUACAACGCCAAGCUAGUCCCACACAAUAUUAAAAUGGGAGACCAAGUGCUGAGGCGCAACUUCCGCCCCAACGCAAAGCACGGGAAGCUAGCAUCAACAUGGGAAGGCUCGUACUUAAUCCGCGAAGUUGUCGGCGCCAACACAUUCAUGCUAAGCGCGCUAGAUGGGGAACCAAUCCCGCGGACAUUGAACGCCCAAAAUAUGAGGAAAUACCACAGGAGGUUGUAACUGUUGGGCCGUUGGGGAUCACCACCUAAAUCAAGGCCCAUGGAGCAAGAUACGGCCCAAAAGGAAAAAGGCCCAAGGAAAGCUAAAGCACGAUAUGGGCCGGCCCAACGGUCAGUAGAUUAGUCGCAGGGCGUUAACGCCUGGGAAUAGUACGACUGACGGAGCAGGCACCAAUAACGACCUUGCCGUCUCUGACACCACAUUAAAUGCCGCCGUGAGCGUACCUCGUAAAGGGAUACUAGGUAUAUGUCUGACAAGACAUCAAGUGCUUACACCAACUGCCACAGACUAUAAAUAAGAGUCGACCAC